AAUCGAGUGACAGCUCUGACUGGCUAGUUUAGAUUGUGGAUACGCUUUGUGAAAUUGUUAUUUCUUGUGAUUCUCUUUGUGUAGUAAUUAUAUUUUAAAUCGGAAAAAUGGAAUUAUCAGCUGAGGGUAAAACUCCAGAAUACAUGGCCCUAGCUGGCAUUAAGUUCAAGUUGACUUUGCCCCAUUUGAAAAAUGAUGCACAGCUUCGGGAGCAGCUAUUUCAAGGGAUAAAGGCUGGAAAUAUGGCUCCUUAUUACAAGGAGGUUUGUACUGACUUGGGCUGGAAAUUUGAUCAGAAGUUAUAUGAUGCCAUGUCUAAAGAGAAUCAGGAUAGAUUAUCCAAAUUCGAAGAGGACGAUUCCGAGACGCCCGUUUGGCAGGACAGAUUAGACUACAUGUGCUCUAUUGGCGACAAAGAGGGGGCCACUGCCUUGGCUACUUCUAAGUAUGAAGACUCCACAUUAACCACCAACAGAAGACUUGAUGCUAUAUUUGCUUUGUUCAGAAUUGCCUACUUCCAUGGCUGUAAUGUGAAGGAUAUGGGAAAAGCUAUUAACAAGGCCCAUGAGCUGGUGGACAAAGGCGGAGACUGGCGUUCAAGGAACAAGCUGAAGGCCUACGAAGCCAUCUACUGCCUCGCUGUCAGAGACUACAGCAAGGCUGCAGACCUCUUCAUUGACUGUGUCUCCACUUUCGAGUCUUAUGAAUUGGUUGACUUUGGCACCAUAAUCCAAUACUGUGUGCUCGCCUGCGCGUUGGCCCUAGAGCGUCACGCGUUGCAAGCUGCUCUGCGGAGGCAAGGCGCCGCCGUGCAGGCGCUGCGCUCGCGCUUCCCAGAGCUACGGGAGCUUGUUGAGUCGCUGCACGAGUGCCGGUAUGCCGACUUCAUGAAGAGUCUGGCUUGGGUGGAAACCCAGAUCUGCGUGGACCCCGUGUUCCGCCCCCACUACCAGCACUACGUGCGCGAGGCGCGCAUCAAGGCCUACGUGCAACUUCUCCGCGCGUACCGCUCGCUGAGUCUCGACAACAUCGCCGCCACCUUCGGCGUCACCCGCGAGUUCGUUGAGGAGGAGAUCUCUAACUUCACGGCGGCGGGGCGGCUGCAGUGCCGCAUCGACGCCGUGGCCGGCUGCGUGGUCACGGGCGCGGGCCGCGGCGCCGACGCCGACCGCUCGCAGCUCUACCAGGCCACCAUCCGCGAGGGCGACCUGCUGCUCAACCGCGUCAAGAAACUAGCCAGUGUUAUCAACUUCUAGAUAUAGAUACGACCCAAUAAUAGCAGUCCUUUCACAUACACCGACGAAAACGAAAACGAAGU